CUGAAGGGAGAGGUUCUGGCCGUAGUCAUAGACACCUAAUUCUCUCCAUAACCUGCAAUUCUGCGGGAACAUAAAACCCUAGAGGCCUCGUGAAUUACUCCCUCCAUAGCCUGACCCGCCUUCUAUAGCAUUGUCCUGAGCAGCAACGCCAUGACAGCACCUGGACCAGCGGGGGUUCGUGAUUUUGUUCAUGGGAGUAGUUAUUGCCAUGGAUAAGAAAGGAGAAGGUAAAAGAAAACAGAAAGAUGGAGCAGAAAAAGAAUGUGAAAAAAAAAAAAAUUUUUGAAAAAGAUGCACACCAGUAUCAAAAAGUCAGUAGCUUGUUUAAGAUAGUGGCAACAAAGAAUGACUUACCACCUGCAUCUCCACAUGAAGACAGUGGUGCUAGCUGUAGCACAGCAAUGCAUAGCACUGUGCAAAGCACGGUACAGUCGGAUAUAGAUAUAGAUACAGAUGCAGGUGAAGAUAUUUUCCACCGUAUUGGAGCUCCUGUUGAGCUAGAAAUGGAUGAACAUGAAGAAUCAUUAACAAAAGAAGAUAUUCCAGAAAUAGUUGGCAUUAAGGAGGGUAUGUCUGACACAGUUGAUGAUGAAAUGUGGUUUUUCAGACCAAAAUCUGAAAAUGUAGCUUCCUUCUUAUUGUUUCACCCAUGCCAACCAGUUGUCCUUUCUUUUAAAUUAAAAAAGUUAUCUCGGAGGCGGGAUGGAAAGAAGCGUCACUGGUUGACAUAUUCACAUGGACAUGGUGCAUUUUUCUGCAUGGUGUGUCUAGCUUUCAGUAAAAAGACAGAUGGCAGUGCUUUUAUUGAUGGUUGCAUUGAUGAAAAGCACUUGUACCAGAGAAUUGAAGAGCACGAAAGAAGCAACCUCCACAAUAAUAGCUCUGAAUCCUGUUUGAUGAGGUCAAAGAAUAUGGACAUAUCUAGUCAUUUCCCUGAGAAACAAACAAUAGCCAGAAAAGAGGAAGUGAAGAGAAAGCGUGCCAUUCUAAAGAGGAUAAUAGAAACCAUCAAGUUGAUUGGAAAAAGAGGCCUAAGCUAUCGGGCAACAGCUGAAGCAGCAUCCUUUUCUUGAGAUCUUGCUACUUCUAAGCAAAUUUGAUCCCUUGCUGAAAAAUCACCUCAAUACAGUUAUUAAAAAAAGUUAAAAGCUACAUCAAAGUGCAACAAGUAGCAAAGGACGUUUGUUACAUUAAUUUCAAAAACUACAGUAAACAAUAUCAUCUGUGUAACUUCAGCCCUUCUGAAAAAAGGUAUUGCCCAAGAGAUCAGAGCUGUUGGCAUGUUCUCAAUACAGCUCGAUACUACACAGGAUAUAAAUGUCUCAGACCAGUGUUCAAUAAUAAUUCGGUAUGUCACAGAUGUGGUCCAUGAAUGUCUGGUUGCAGUGGUAAACUGCACAUCCACAACAGGGAAGGCUUUGUGUGAACUGGUUUGCGAUGUAUUAGAAUCCAUGGAAAUUGAUGUAACAAACUGUGUUGGGGAACUCAACAGAUGGUCCUUCUAAUAUGCAGGGUCAGUACAACGGAUUGAGCUCUUGGCUGAGUAAUAAAGCACCUGGCCAGAUUCAUUUGUGGUGCUAUGCACAUGUACUAAAUCUGGUAAUGAUGGAUGUCACAAAGAUAUCUGUUCAGGCAAUAUUGUUGUUUGGCUUGUUAAACUCCAGUGCUGUAUUUAUCCGGGAAUCCUACCUCUGGAUGAAUGUAUGGUGUGAAAAGUCACAGGAAGAGAGAUUUCGAUCUCUUUCUGUGAUUGGAGAAACAAAAUGGUGGUCCAGAGAUGUAACACAAAGAUGAUCUGAGUCACGCCUUGUAUGUAGAUUUGAUCCAUACCAUGGCAGAAAUAUCACGUUCUGAUCAUUUUAAUGCUGACAUCAGAUACAAGGCUGGAACUUACUUAGAAUCCCUCAAAAAAUUCCACACAGUUAUACCUGCACAGCUGUACUUAUUUGUUUUCAAGAAUACCACUCCACUAUCCUUGUACCUGCAAACACAAGGUAUGGAUGUACUGUAAGCAUACCGAAUGGUGACAGAAACAGUAAACAACUUGCAAGCACAUGAUCUUGAUUCCCAAAUGAUUAUAGAUGCUGCAAAUAAGUUUGCUGUCUGGGCAAACAGCAAGUUGGAUACAACUGACAGCAAAGUUGUGAUUGAGGAAGACUUUCCAUCACCUCAAAGAAUACAACAUAAGAAAAGUUGAGCUUUCAGUAGACAAACCAGUUGAGCUCUCAGUAGACAAACCAAUUCUGUUUGCAAGUGAUCAGUUCCGGGUGGAGGUGUACAAUGUGACCUUAGACAAGAUCAUUAAUAGCCUGCAGAGCCGAUUUACAACACAUGGUCAGUUAUUUGCAGAUUUGGCAUGUUAGACUUUCCCAAAAGUGCAUUAGAAAGACUGAGUAGACUUGUAAUUAAAUUUGACUCCAAUGCAACUAAAGAGAAACUGCAAAGUAAGAUACUUGAUUUUGCAUCAAAGUGGCAAAGAUUGAAAAUGUCACUUGAUGAAGAAUAUAGUGAUGCUAACAAUGAAGGUCAAGAUGAAGGCACCAUCCAUUCUUAUCUUAUCUCUGGAACUGAGGAACAGCCAUACUCCGAUGUUGGUGAUAAAUGUGGAAAGUGCAAGACUUGUAAGAGCUGUAUAUCCUGCUGCUACAAUGUAUUGGUGCGUUACAACGUUUACAGUCUGACGUAUAGUUCACUUUUUAAUGCAUACAAAUUGACACUGACACUUUCCUCUUCGCAAGUACCAUGUGAGAGAUCAUUUUCAAAACUGAAAUACAUCUUAAACAGACUAAGAAAUUCCCACUCUCAAACACAUUUGGAGGCCCUUAUGCUUAUGUCCGUGGAGAAAGAGGCCUUGAUUGGACUAAGCAAUGAAACCAUCAUUGACGUUUUGGCUUCAAAAAGAAGCUUGUUACAAGUGAUGUUGCUUACGUAACAUUACAAGAAGUCAGUACGUUACAAUGUUGGUUAAUAUUUCUUUUUUCAAAAUCUUGACUGGAUUUUUUUUAAGUUGUUACUUGUUUUAUCCUCUAAAACUUUAGAAAACCAUUCAAAUCAGGGCUUUCCAACAUGCACCCUCCCCAGAUGUUACAGAACUACAACUCCCAUAAUCCUCUGGCUGUUUGAUUAAAAGAAUCAUGGGAGAUGUAGUAAAGCAACAUCUCGGGGGCAGCAGGUUAGACAGGCUGUCCUAAAGGUUAAUGAGCCCUGUUUGUAUCUAUUGUCAAACUAAUUUACUUGUUUUAAAGCACUUUGACUAAUGUUUGCACAUUACGUUUUGAAAACUGCUGGGUUGCUUGGCAUGAUACUGGUACUAUUUUCCUGUUCUAAAAUUGGACUGGAAAGCUAGUUAGUAAUAUGUUUCAAGGUAUUUAAACUUUCUUGAAUUCCAAAGGAUUUUGCACAUUAUGUACUGUUACAGAAUUAACAGCAAGUUUAUUAUAACUGUUAAAUUGAAUUACUGUCUAGUAAAACAUUUGCACUUUUUGUCAAAGUUUCUUUGCUAAAUAAAUAAUAAUU